AACAUAUUUCAUAUGAUGUCUUUUUGUCCAGGUUUAGAGGGAUUACUAUUGUCCAGUUUGGAUGCUAAACUUGCUCUUAAACACUUGUUCCGCCUUUGUUUGGAGCAUGAACAGAAAUUAAAUUCGUCUCAUAAAUCAGCUCAUGCAUAUAUUUUUUACAAGGAUUCAAAUGCUCCUGUGAUGGUUAAGAUGGUGGAGCUAGUUACAAUUCUUCAACAGAGAAUUGUAUUUCUUUUGAAUGAAUGCGAUGAUCAUCCAGCUCUUCAAAAAAUCGUGGAUGUGAUAGAAAUGAUUUUAGCUAUUCCUCUAAGCACACCGCUGAAUGCCCCAUUUGAUCCAACUAAAAAGAAGAAAAAGAAGAAGGUUGUAAUUCAAGAUCCUGCAGAUGAUGCUGUGGACAACUUGGCCGAGAAAACUGAAAGUUUAUCAGUUUCUGAUGGUCUUGAGAGUACCUUUUCUGGGUUGAAAAAGAAGAAGAAAAAAUCAGUGCAUACGGACUUGUUGAGUGAUGAGAAAGAAAGUGUAGUGGAUGAUUUAGAUGAUCAUAUUGGAGACGAUGAAGAAGGAGAAGGAAUCAUCUUGCAGCCACAGUUUCCAUGGGAAGGGAGUGACCGAGAUUAUAAAUAUGAAGAGCUUCUGGAUCGUGUGUUCCAUAUUCUGCGUGAGAAUAAUCCGGAGCUUGCUGGAGAUAGACGUAGAACAGUAAUGAGGCCACCUCAAGUUCUUCGUGAAGGCACAAAGAAAACUGUAUUUGUGAACUUUAUGGAUCUAUGCAAGACUAUGCAUAGGCAACCAGAGCAUGUUAUGACAUUCUUGCUGGCUGAAAUGGGGACGAGUGGAUCACUUGAUGGACAGCAAAGAUUAGUUGUGAAGGGAAGAUUUGCACCAAAAAAUUUUGAGGGUAUCCUGAGGAGAUAUGUCAAUGAGUAUGUCAUUUGCAAUGGUUGCAAAAGUCCUGACACAAUUCUCUCAAAGGAGAAUCGUCUCUUCUUUCUUAGAUGUGAGAAGUGUGGUUCUGGGCGAUCAGUUGCUCCAAUCAAGGCUGGUUUUGUAGCCCGUGUUGGUCGCCGGAAGGCUGGAACAUGAUGAUGUGGCGAGUUACAUUUAUUCUCUCCGGAAGAUUUUCAUGUAGUUGAGAUAACACUGAGCUGUGUUUUCAGACUGUUUCAGAAAAAAAAAAGUUUUUUUUUUUUUUUGGGGUGAUUUGUAUCUACAUUUUAAAAGACAAUGAGGUGAUUUUGAUAGCAAUGAGCUUUUUUCAUUCUGCUAGUGCGUGUUAAUUUGUGGAGAUAUAUGUUGUGGGGAUUUGUUUUUAAGUAAAUGGGAAUUUUAGUUGCUCAGCCAAAGAACUAA